AUGACAGAUCAUUCAUGGGUAUCGGCUUUUGAUUAUUUGCAAUCCAAGACAGGCUUCAAUGAAGAAAAUUUUCACAAAAUUCAUCACUGGUAUACGGAAAAAUGUGGUGGAGAUUUCGAUUCGGUAGAAGAUGAACAAGAAGUUUUGCAAAAGAUGGCAAAUCAACUGAAAAUCAAGCUAGAUGAUGAUGAUGAUCAAGGCAUGGCAUUGUUACGUCAAUGUGUUGUAUCAGAUGACGAAAGCCAAUGUCGAACUCUUGUCGAACAUAAACUCUCUCAAAUGAAACCAAUCACUCCAAGAAAAUCGGACCCCACUACAUCGGUCAAACCGAUUGCAAGUGGCUUUUCUUCAUCGACCAUUCGUGGAAUGAUUACAACACUCACCGAAAUUGAUUGUGUACUCACCAUCAAGAAGGCUUUCUCUGAAGUUUCGGGCUUUAUUCAAUCAUUUCUAUUGAAACCAAUCAAUCGCACAAACCAGCCAUCAACCAUUUUGAAUUCCGAUCAGGAAGUGUUACUUGAUAAUCAAUCGAUACUUUAUCACUUUAUUGGCCAACAAGUCUCUGAAAGGCACACAAAUGCGUCCGCUAGUCCUUCGGAUCUAACCAAUUUUCGUCUUGUCGAGCCGAUCAAAGUGAAAGAUGCUUUUGAUGAAUGGACUUACGAUCAUCUACGUGGUCUAUUUGAUUUGGAUCUCAAGCCUCACACCAGCAAUACAACCUUUCCAACUCGGUGGUGUUUGUCCGACAAUGUUUCAAUCUACUGUCGCAUUCAACAGAUAGAUUCCACUGGAAGUACUCCAUCUUCAUUAAAAAACUCUGAUCGAUCAACCUCGAUUCCAGUUGAUAAAUUUCUACGUCAUAGUCGUUCCCAAGAUAACAGCGGUCGGAGCAGUACUCGGCGUGCCCCAUUCCUUGACAGAAGUAUAUCUGAGUAUCCGAAUUCCGUUAAUGGAAGUCGGAAACAAGAUGGACAGGGAACAGAUGAUGAACGUGAUGACUUAUUUUCGUUGAUGAAAGAGAAGAGCGUUCCGUCCGUUGCAGAACUUUAUGCUGAUCUACAUUUAGUCAAACUUUAUUUUCGUUAUAUGCUACGUGAACAUCCAGCUGUGAAAGAGAUUGAAGAUCUGGCUAAAAUUGACAUCAAGUGUUUAAGUUUUGCAUUUGAAGAGAUUGAAUCGGAAAUUUUCAACGAUGACAAAUUGUUUGAGAGAAUGAAGGAGUUUUUCCUUCCGUUGACAAUCUCAGAAGAAGAAUUACGACGACACUGGUCUUCGAACGGAAAUAUUCAAUGCGUUUGGGAAGAAAAACGCCAAAACUUGCACAGGAAAGGGAAGGAACUCGAGCGUAAGUUGGUCGAAGCACAACAAAUCGAACAAGAAUUAUCGUCGAAAACAGAUGAAAUCGAAGAGCAAAUUGAUGAAACAGCGAAAAAAUCGUUGGCGAUAAAAGAAAGACAAGAUUCUCUUGAAGACAGUUACAAACAAAAGAACAUGGUUACCCGAUUUCUGCAAAAGAAGCUGAAGCAAGGAAAGAGAACUGAAAAGGAAAUUGAAGCCGUUUGCGAAGAAUACCAACGAUGUAAACAGAUCAAAGAUAAACUGAUGAGCCAAUUGAGCAAAUGUAAAGAGAAAGAAAAGAAAGCUAGCGAGAAAGUCGAAGAUUUGGAGAAUCAAAUCGAAGAAACAAAGGUGGCCUUAAACAGGAUUAAUACCAAACUCGACAAAAAACCUGGACCAGUCGAUACUCAGUUAGUAAAACCACCACGUGGACUGAUUCUCUAUGGACCACCAGGUACGGGUAAAUCAGACAUAUUGAAAAGACUGGCACAGAAAUUAGGCAUCACUCUGGUCAGUCAACCCUUAGCUGCUGGUGAAUUGAAUCGACCACUCGUUGGACAAAGCGAAGAGAUCUUGAUUGCCUUAUGUUCUCGUUGUUCACACAUACCCUAUGCGAUGUGUGCACUUGCCAUCGAUGAAAUCGAUUCUUUAGCUCCUAAACGUGGCGAAAAUUCCAGUGAAGGCAAAGUCGAUAAGAUCUCAGUUCUCUUAUCGUUAAUCGAAGGUAUCAAGGAUGUGCCGAACUUGAUGAUCUUCAGUGCAACCAAUCGAUUGCAUAUGAUGGACGAAGCAUUUCUACGCCGUCUGUCGGGUAAAUUUUUCGUUGGUCGACCAUCGUCGCAAUCACGCACUAGUAUGCUCGGGAGAAUUCCUUUCUGGGCUCUCGAUCCUGAAUUGCUCGAUCAACUUUCUAUUGCCACGACUAACUUUAGUGGAGCUGCUGUCAAAGCAUUGGGUCGAGCAAUAACAACUAAAUGUAUCAAAAUGAAUAACGCUAAGCCCAUUUCAGAAAUGGAUGCUCUGACAUUAGCAGAUCAAAUAGCUCAAUAUCAUCAAAUCUAUAUUGGCAGUGAAACUUUACCUCGUUUACUCAAACGCAAUCAGCAAGAUACCUCUCGUCGUCCUAUUCAUUCAUUGUCGACCGAUGAAAAGUAUACUGGCCGUAUGAUUGUCGAUUUGCAUGAACAAUACGUACGUAUGGAAGUGUUCGAACCAAAAGCGAAGGAAAAUGAAUGCGUUUUAUCAGUCAUCGAACGUAAAUUAUAUCCGAAUGAAACAAACGUUCAAACUUUAUUAGAACGCCUAACUGCAUAUGGCAAAAGUCAAAAUGUUCAACUUCUUCAAUUAAUCGAUCUGAAUUUACUUGCGUCACAGAGCGCCUACGAUCAGACAAAGAUCUAUGAAACGCUGAAAGAUCGUUAUGAUGAAUAUGUUUCAUAUACUCGUUCGAUGAUUAUUUAUGAUAUGGAUGCAUUAGUAGGUGUCAACAAAUCAGAGAAUGAUUCAAAUAUGGGCUCAUCGACGAGUUAUACGAUCAGCAAUCAAGGUAUAUAUGCUUAUGUACUUGCUCGAUUUCGUGAUCGAGUCAUGGAAGAUAAUCAAGGAGAAAAAGGAGACAGUAUUCAACGAUGGGCAGUUGCUAUUAUUCGUGAGCCGUAUCUUUUACGUCAAUUUGUCGCAGACGUUCAAUUUCCGCGAUCACAACGUGAAGAAGAAGAACUUGAAACGGAACGACGUUUGGCAGAAAAACUUCUCAAAUGUGUCAAAUGCCAAGAUUUCUACAUCGAAAGAGAAAAUCGAAUGGGUAGCUGUAAUUUUCACGACGGAUUUCUCUACGACAUCUCAACAGAUGAGCUGAGGAGAUGUACCCCAAGCGAAGCAUUAAAAGAGUUAAACGUACUGGAAUGCGAUGCUUUUCAAAAGCGAGAUUCAUCGGAUACAUACGAACGGCAAAAAAAUAAGUUCAAGUGGAUCUGCUGUAACGAAACGUUUUCUGGUGUGUGCAAAGGUGGGUGUAAAAGAGGCAAACACGGUUUCUUUUGGAAUGAAUAUCAACCAUCAGUUCAUGGGGUGAGCACGAAAAAGAUCAACCCACCACAACAAGUGACAAUCGAACAGUGGGAAAAUGCUUGUGUAACCAACGAAGAAUACGAAGAAAAAUGGCAAGAAUUGCGCAGAGAUGAUUGA